UUAAGGGUUUGAAUCGUUUUACAUACAAUUUUUUGGAAGAAAUGCCAAAGAGUUUUGUGCUAACUUGUCAUAUGUAGUUAGUUGUAACUACAGUUAUUUACUUGCUGAUUCGUUUUAAUGUGCUAUUCGUAAGCGUAAAAUUGAACGAUGUCUGCUGUGUUUGACGGGGCUCCGCUGACAGCGAUGCAGUCACCCCAACCUUCACAUAACUCCAUCAGUCCACAGGAAUUAGCCCUUGAAAUAAAGGCGUUCAUCAGUGGGGUUGAUCAGACGCAGGGUCGUAAACUAAGCAUCCGCGACCAUGCCCGUUGUGCUGUGCGUCUCCUUCGUACUGUGCCAGCCUGCCGAGGAGCAGCGCUGGAGCACCUUAGAGGGGUAUAUGACGAAUAUGUGAUCACCUUCUUGCAAGACCUGGAGGGAGAAGGUGACAAUGGAGUCGGCAGCAGUGGCAGUUCUGGCUUGGAGGACGUGAUACAGGAAAUCCACACCGUUUUGUCUGAGUUUGUCCGUCUCAAUCCUAAAGCAUGGGCGCCACUAGUUUCGGCCUGGGCUGUAGACCUCUUAGGGCAGCUGAGCAGCAAACACGCAGGCCGGCGUGGUGCCCCCCACUCGUCAAGUCUCAAUGAACUGCUGCAGCUGUGGAUGUCAUGCACAGCCACCCGUUCCCUCAUGGAGAGCUACUCCCAGUGUCUGGCAGCCAUGUUGGCCUGGUGCCCCGAUGCCUGUGUGGAUGCACUGCUGGACACUUCAGUGCAGCACUCCCCACACUUUGACUGGGUUGUUGCCCAUAUUGGAUCCUCCUUCCCUGGGACCAUAAUCAGCCGCGUACUGGCCUGUGGCCUCAAGGACUUCUGCACCCAUGGGUAUCAGGGGGCCGCCUCUCCUGAAAUGCCCAACCAGCAAACACCCCCAUUGGCAGAGAAGAGCAACCGGGUUCCCAAAAUUGGUUCAGUGGUCGGGAUCCUGGGACAUCUAGCGUCUCGCCACUCGGACAGCAUAAAAAAGGAGCUUCUGCGGAUGUUCCAGGAGAGUCUGUGCCCUGCCCAGCCUGCGUCAACCGUUGGGCUGAGGGACAGCCCGCUACAGCUGCGCCGGGCCACUGUGCCCUUCCUUCUGCAGCUGGCGGCUCUGUCUCCAACCCUGCUGGGUGCCGUGUCGGCUGAGUUAGUGGAGUCCCUGAGGCCGCCUGUCCUGCUGCAGCUCCAAGCCCAGUUCCAGGGCCUGCCGCGUGAGGAGCUGGACAACAUGCUAGGCCUGGCUGUGCACCUGAUCAGCCAGAGCCCUGCUGGCGGGCCCCGUGUGCUGCGCUUCCUGGUGGACACUGCCACGCCAGCCUCGGUCAUCACGUCAGGUCUCACGCCCGCCCCGCACGAGGGGGUGAGGGAGGCAUGCGACCGCCUGCUUCAACUGCUCCUGCUUCACCUGCACAAGCUGGUUUACAACCGAACCGAAAGUGAUGAUGGCUACCCUCUCUCUUCUUCCUCCCCCACCAAUUCAUCUUUCCCGCCCCGUAUGAUCCCCUUCCUGGAAGAACUGCGGGGACAUGUGAGAGAGCUGUGCAUUGAGACCUUGAGGCUCGAGCGCAAACGCCAUCUUUGGCUGCACCAGCUGCUGUGCCUGCUCUCUGUGUACGGGGGUGCGAGUGUAGCCACUGAGGCUCUGUGCCAACUUCUGACUCUGGCCCAAACCCCAGAGGAGCUGGCUUUGGCCUCCCAGCUGCACACUCCGCUGUCCACCUCUCUGCCUGGGCUUCUACCAGCUGCCGUGAUGUCUUGCGUGGCCCAAAUCCACACCCAGAACCUGGGAAGCAAGGAGCUGGGACAGCUCCUGAACAAUCUCGCUUCAACUGUGCAGAGUCAGGAGGAAGAGGGCAAGGGAGGGAGUGCCGGAGGCACGAGCACAGCUCAGUCCUCUAUGGCUGUUGAAGUCGGGGCAGCUGUCUCUAACCACCUCCAUGACUUUUGCCCCCUGCUUCUCCAUGGAGACUCGGCAGUGUCCCAGGCUGCUGCUCGCCUCCUGUCCUGUAGUCAGCUGCCUCGAGCUGCCUCUCCGGCACAGCUGCUCGUGAUCUCCCGAGCUGCAGUCGCACACUUCUUCCUGGCUCUCCGGCUGAGAGACGAAGGGAAUGGGAAAGCUGGAGGAGGUGGAAGGGAAGCGGUUAGCUGCUCGAUCCGCCUCCUGUCCCGCCUGGCUGCCUUCUCCCCCCUCACCCUAAAAUCUGUGCUGCAGCAGCUGGUGGAGGGCGCCUUGCACAGGGGAAAUGCCGAUUUAUUUGGAGGCCAGGAAGAAGCCUGUGAAUCCACUUCCCUUACCCCAGACUUAGGAGCCUCUCUACUGGACAUCAACUGCAAGUUUGGCACCACGGUCAACUUUGCAGGAAGUGUGUGGUCUGUGUUUCACGCUGGAGUGAUUGGGAAAGGGCUGAAACCACCCCACACCUCAUCUCAACCGGCGCCAGACCAGGUCACUGAGAAUCAACAGACCCUGUCUGCUGUUGUCGUUCGGUGCUGCAGCUCAAGUGGCAGCAGCACCAACAGCAGCAACGGUGCAGCUGGCAGCAGCGGUGCCCGGUACCACCAGUCGGACAUGCUUUUUGAAGAACCUGCGCCCAUCAAUGCUGAAGCUGCAAAGGUGAUUGCUGUGGCACUGGUGGAGAGCGUCUGCCCAGACGUGGCAAACGGGGAGCUGGCCUGGCCACCGGAGGAGCACGCCCGUACCACGGUGGAGCGAGAUAUUCACAUUCGCCGCUGCUUCGAAGCCAACCCUAUCCUCUUCCACCUCUUGGGUGUGGUGGCAGCUGGCCGCCCUGCCCUGUGCUAUUGCUCAGCAGUUCUGCGGGGGCUGCUGGCCACCUUGCUGGCCCACUGGGAGUCCUCAAGGGAAGCGGCUGCCCUGGACUCACCAUGGCACCUCCAGGCCUCCUGCCUCUUGGUGUCCUGUAUGGGGGAGGGACAGCUCUUGCCCCCUGUGCUGAGCAACGUGCAUGAGAUAUUCCCCCAUCUUACACCAUUUGAGGUCAGACUGCUGCUGCUGGCAGUAUGGGAGUACAUGCGGGGGAACAGCCCCAUGCCGCAGAAGUUCACCUUCAGCGCCGAAAAGGGGCUGUUCUACCGGGACUUUUCCAGGGAUGGCGAUCUGUCGCGCUACCUUGCUCCCAUCUACAGUGUCUUGCACAAGAACAUUGACCGCCUGGGACAUCUGAGCUGGCGGUUCCAGCUCUGAAAUCAGAAGACGCAAGUGCAGGGACUGGGAUGGGAGGGCCGGUGGGGGGGGUAUUCAAGAAAUUGGGGAGCUUUGGUAAUACUGAGUAGAUUAGUUGGAAAGGGGGUGGUACUGUGCAGUUUUACAGUUUAGGGGGGGGGUUUUUUGCCUCCUUUUGCUCUUAUACGUAAAAUCCUGAGUAAAUUUCCCUUUUGGUGGAUAGUUUCGUUUUUUGUUUUUUUGCAUUAUAAACAGGUCUUGUACACAGGACUAAAAUCCACGGGGAAAUAGAAAAAAAAUCUAGAGCAAAGCUAGAUUUCAUUGUAUUUCAUGAAACUUCAUUUUAAUUUCCUCAUACCAACCUCAUGUUGCAUUUAACAACUGUGUUAUUUUUUGCUAAAGUCAUUGCUGUUACAGAGCUCUGCUACUGAAGAAGAUUCUGAGCUGUAUGCCCUGAUGUCAGAUGAUCAUAAUGUUGUUACUAAUUUGUUGCAAAUUUCUGCAGUUUCAGGGAAGAAUUUUGGUUUGUUUUUUUUCCUUUUCACACACUUUAUAUGGGGAUGCUUAUUAAACCUUUCCGAGUUUCUGUUAGUAGUUGUACAUUAGUGUGUAUCAAUUUGUUUAUUUUGUUGAAUUUCAACCAGUUUCUUCAUAUCAUUAAAGCAAAUCCCAAAGGCA